CCGAACGGAGACCACAUGCGCCUAUUUAAGGAGCCGCGCGACGCGACUUCAGCACCACUUCGCUGUCCACCCGUCCCGAGGCGAGCCAAUACCUUCAAGUUCACGCGCGCCCGAGAGCCCACAGCUUUUGCCAACAACAUGCCGAGGUCUUUUCUCGUGGAUUCGCUCAUUUUAAGGGAGGCCAACGAGAAGGGGAGCGAGAACAACACGCCUCUGUUUCCCUACGCCGUGCACUCGCCGCACCACGCGCACGGGCUGCCGGGCUCCUGCCACUCCAGGAAAGCCGGGCUGCUGUGCUUCUGCCCGCUGUGCGUAACCGCGUCCCAGCUCCAUCCGUCUCCGCCGACGCUGCCGCUCCUCAAAGCAUCUUUUCCUCCCUUCUCCUCGCAGUACUGCCACUCCUCCGCCCUGUCCAGGCAGCACUCCUCAUCCAACAGCCUCAGCCACGCGCCGGGGAUUUACCAAGCUGCCUAUUCGGUGCCAGACCCGCGCCAGUUUCACUGCAUCUCCAUCGAAAACACCAACGGCAAACUUCAGAGCAGCAAGCGCAUGCGCACAGCCUUCACCAGCACGCAACUUUUGGAGCUGGAGCGAGAGUUCACCUCCAACAUGUACCUAUCCAGACUGAGGCGCAUCGAGAUCGCCACGUACCUGAACUUAUCCGAGAAACAGGUGAAAAUCUGGUUCCAAAAUCGCAGAGUCAAGCACAAAAAGGAGGGCAAGAGCAGCGGCCAGAGGACUGGAACACAUAACUGCAAAUGCGCGUCCAUGUCAGCUGCAAGAUGCUCGGAGGAAGAGGAGGAUGACAUCCCCAUAUCUCCAUCGUCGUCCGAAAAGGAGGAUGUGGACCUGUCAGUCUCCCCCUGAGCUGUAUCUCUGACAGAUUUUGCUCCUCAUGGCCAAAAAGAAAGGAA